AUGUCUGCACGUGAGAAACUUCAGAUGGAGACCACCUCCGCUCCUCACGCACGUCGUAUAUCAUGCAAGCGAUGUCAGAAGCGAAAGAUAAAAUGCACGAGGACGUAUCCCUGUUCCAGCUGCUCUGCAGCCAACGUACGGUGCGAAUUCCGCGAAGACGACUUCAAACGACCACCGGUGUCCCGAGAGUACAUCGCCGCCCUUGAAUCAAGAGUCGCAACCCUCGAAGCCGUCAUCGGGAGACUGAAAGGGGCUUCAUAUGAGGAGCGGGAUGAGAUCCUGGAGGGUGUCACGCUCCAGGAGCACACGCAGUCCUUUGCUCCCGAGACAGCAGCCGAUACAGACGUGGACGAGAUUGCGCUGAGCGAUGCUAUUAGAAAGGCGACACUUCAUGAAACCGAUGAAGGUACCCCAACAACCCACAUGAAACCCCCGUCCUUCCCGCCCAAAUCGAGGAAACAUCUAACGUAA